GUUAACCGUAAAUAAAUGAGGACGAAGCAUCAACGCUGACAACAAGCAGGUGCGUCGGUCAAUUUUUGUCGAGGAAACAAUUCGGCGGACGAAUCUGCAAGCGGGCGUUGCGUGAGGCGAUGGGGGCGACCUGAUGAGUGGCGCCGACUCUUCCAACCCCGAGGCACACCCCCAUCCCCACUGGCGGCACCGCCUCCGCGAGACGGUGCUCUCGACCGCGUCCGACGGCGCCCUCCACAUCUCUGUUGUCGGCGGCUCGGACAAUGGACAAUUCGCCCAGGUGGGGCCCGAUUUGAACCAGAACAAAGUCAACUACGCGUCGGGACGUCUCUACCCUGGGGACGUGAUCAUCGAGGUGCAGGGCCAGAAGGUGGCUGGCUACACUGAGAGGGACGUGCUCGCCUGGCUGCACCACUGCUGCCGCAACGGAAACCCGGUCGUCAUCAAGACCAUCCCAUCGAGCGAAAUCACGAAGGACCUGCGGCAGUUCCUGAACACGCGCUUCCAGAAGGGAUCCGCCGACCACGAGUUGCAAAACACCAUCAGAGACAACCUCUACCUGCGCACCGUGCCAGUGACGACCCGAACAGCGCGGGAGGGCGAAGUCAACGGCGUUGACUACACUUUUCUCUCUUUGGACGAGUUUGUCGCUCUCGAGCGACAGGGCAACCUACUCGAGAGUGGCAUUUACGAGGGCAACCACUAUGGCACUCCGAAGCCCACCAAGAAGUCUCCUGGCCCUGUCGGUGCCUCGGGGGGCGCCGUCAUAGACGCCAUUUUUCCUGGAGCUCACCCUAGUUCUGAGGGAAAGCGUAGAAGAAACAGGUCAAAUGUUGAGGCCAUGGCUGCCAAAAACAGCAACGUUGAUCAUGAGCUUGAAGCUAGCAAUGGAGUAGAUGAAGUUUCCAACAAUGUCAUCAUCCAUACGGAGACAAAUCCAGGCCCGCCAAGUUACUCCAAGGGCCCAGAGCCGCUCGAGUCUCCGAGAGGUGACGAAUUGGGUCCCUUGCCUGUAAAUUGGGAGAAAGCGUAUACUGAGCGUGGAGAAGUUUAUUUCAUCGACCACAACUCCGGCACCUCUCACUGGCUGGACCCGCGACUAAUUAAGUUCCAGAAGAAGUCUCUGGAGGAGUGCAUGGACGACGAGCUGCCGUAUGGUUGGGAAAAAAUUGAAGACCCUCACUACGGCACUUACUACAUCGACCAUGUCAACCGAAAGACACAGUAUGAAAAUCCAGUCAUCCAGGCCAAGAGAGCUGUCCACGGGAGUGACACAGCUUCUCUGGCUUUGAAUGACUCUGACCCCCUGCAGUACAGUCCCCAAACAAAGCAGCAAAAUGAAUCUCCAAGGCAAAAUGGGCCACUUAACCUGUCUACAAAAAGACAACCAAUAAAUCAAUGCACAGAUGAAGGAUCAAUAGAAGAGGAGCAGAAACCUCAACUGAACCAAACCAUAGUGCCCAAAUUUGCAAAGCCCACUCUACCUCCAGUGCAGCCCCCCUGGAACAACGUCUACUCUGACAAUCCCUCAAAGCCAAUGUACUUAAAUAUCCCUUUAAGAACACUGCAGAAACACCAAAUGAUAAAAGCAGACCGGCCAUUUUUCACACGGAACCCAGACGAGCUGCAAGGCGAGAAAAUAACAACCUCAUUGCUGAAAUCUUCUAGAGGUUUGGGCUUCACCAUAAUUGGGGGUGAUGACUCGGAAGAGGAAUUUUUGCAAAUCAAAUCGGUUGUUCCUCAAGGACCUGCUUGGAUUGAUGGAAAGCUUCAAAUGGGUGAUGUACUUGUUUACGUGAACACAACUUGUGUGCUCGGUUUCACACACCACGACAUGGUUACCGUAUUCCAGUCAAUCGCCCCAGGAGAGAAUGUCACCUUGGAAGUUUGCCGUGGAUACCCUCUGCCCUUUGACCCGAACGACCCCAACAAUGAGGUUGUCACAACAGUCGCUGUUAAUGCUCCAGACAAUUCAGACAUGAGCAUUUAUGCUGACAGAGACUCCAGUCAGUACUUUGAUAACGACUCGGAAGAUAUGGUUAACAACUCUGUGAAAUCAGUGCCUGAUUUGUGCGCCUCGGAAAAGAUGACCCGACCAAUGCCUCGUCCGAGCAGCACAGACAUGUUGUUGAAUAAUGACAUGUCGAAUGAUAACUUGUCUGUGCCUGAGUUUCUCACCAUUCCCAUAGUCAAAGGUGCUAUGGGUUUUGGCUUUACUAUUGCUGACAGUGCCUAUGGACAAAAGGUAAAAUUGGUGAAGAAAAUCUUGGACAGACAGCGUUGCAAGAAUCUUCUCGAAGGAGAUAUUCUCGUCGAUAUCAAUAAUAUCAACGUCCGAAACAUGAGCCACAUCGAAGUGGUGCAGGUUCUUAAGGACUGUGCUCGAAAUCACGAGGCCAGCGUCACUGUGCAGAGGGGCGGUCUUGGCUCGCCAUCCAAAUCCAAGUUAGCUGGUCGACGUAAGGAAGAGAACGCUCCACCACCACCGUCUCCACCAAACAAAGCCGCCUACAAAGAUGUGCUGCUUGGAAUGUACCGCAGCAAAACACCCACGGCCGAUCUCUACAGCACUCAGAAGAAAGAAAUCGUCCCUAAUAGGCCAAAAACUCCUCUUGUUGAUACAAGACCACGUUCAAAGACGCCAACAGGAAAGUGGGCAGAGGUAGACUAUGCCAUGAAUUUGAACAAGAGUGUGGAAGGGGUGCAGAAGGUUGGCACUGGGCCUCAGAGCCCAGACUCACCUGAUUCAAUGUACAAUCCGUACAAGGAGACCUUUACUUACGGAUAUGUGGAUGAAAGAGUGGAGCAGAUCAAUCAACAUCUCAUCAACACAAGUCUGGAACAAAAUUCCAGACUAGAGUAUGGGAUGCGAAGCAGGAGUCCAGGACAAGAACUGGACUACCCACCAAAUAACAUCAAUCAGUAUCGACACGAAGCUGGGCAAAUCGAUUACUACCCAAGCCAAUAUCCUGGCUACUACAAUGGUUAUGGACCAUCACCAGUCAGUCCUUAUGACCCCAUGGCCUAUGCAUAUUCAGACCACAAAGAAAUGCCGCAGCAGGCAUACCAUCAGUCGGGAUUGCCACCCCCUGGAACGGUAAUUCCACCCCUUCACUCUGGAAAUUAUUAUCCUUCGGACAGUCUGACCAGGAGAAAAGAAAGUACCAGCUUUGAGCAUGAACAGCCUUUGCCCAGUGCAAUGUCAAGAUUGAACAGAGGUGAACUUCGGUGGAAUCCCGCCUCACAAAUUGGCCAGGCAAUUCGAAUUUAUCCAGCAGGGCCAGGACUUGAGUGGGUGGAGACGGUGAGCACCCUGCUGAGGCAAGAGUCUGGUUUCGGAUUCCGCAUUGUUGGUGGAACAGAAGAGGGGUCACAAGUUUCAAUUGGACACAUUGUGCCUGGUGGUGCUGCCGACCUUGAUGGCCGUUUACGCACGGGCGACGAGAUUGUCAGUGUGGAUAAUCACAAUGUGCUCAGCACUUCCCACCAUCAUGUUGUCCAGCUGAUGGGCAAAGCGGCCGCUAAUGGACGUGUGACAAUAGGUGUGAGGCGACGUGUACCCACACAUGAGUUGCAAAAUAUGAACAGGCCUGACAUAGGAUACCCCUUCAACGUGACUGUCAGUAGGAGAGAAAACGAGGGUUUUGGUUUCGUUAUCAUUUCCUCGGUAAACAAGGCUGGUUCCACCAUAGGACGAAUUAUUGAAGGCUCGCCUGCUGAGAGGUGUGGCCAGUUGCAUGUAGGGGAUCGCAUUUUAGCUGUUAACAAUGUUGACAUAGUUAACCUGCAUCACGGAGAUAUUGUUAAUUUAAUCAAAGACUCUGGUUACACUGUCACGCUCACUAUUGGACCUCCUGUAGAUGACACUUCAAGCACAGCUUCGAUUUCGCAAAGAGAGGAUGAUGCAAUUGAAGAAUAUCACGCAGUAGAACUCAACAGAGGUAAAAGGGGGUUCGGCUUUAGCAUAAGAGGUGGACGAGAAUUCCACAACAUGCCUCUGUUUGUGCUGCAAAUUGCUGAAAAUGGGCCAGCAUCUCUCGACAAUAGACUCCGGGUUGGUGAUCAAAUUAUUGAGAUCAAUGGCGUGAAUACCAAGAGUAUGACGCACGCUGAAGCCAUUGAGAUCAUCCGAAACGGGGGACCCUGUGUCCGUCUACUUAUCAAGAGAGGAGUCAAGAUCCCACCCGGAAUUGCAGAAAUUCUAGAGGCUGGAGGAGCCUCGGGAUUGAUUCGACCUGGCAGCUCACUUUCCCAGCCAAGUACAGUGCCGACGUCAUCGGGGUUGAAUGGCCCAAUCACAUGGGACCACUUUCCCCAAAGCUGAUUUUGUAAGUGCCCAUAAGAGUGGAUAACUGUCGACAUUGAGAAAUAAUUGGAACUGCUCGGUGGAGUUCUGUUGCCAUAAGUGGACUCGGUUCGUGGUUGAACAUUUUAUCAAAUCCGAGUGCAACCAGAGCAGUCAAACACAUAAAAACUGCAUUUUUGAGGAAUAUUUGUGCCUAUAUUAACAGUUAAUCCACUUUUAAUAUCUGUAAAAUCAUCUAUGGUGCAUUUUUCCAUUUUAUCUCAUUGUUAAGAAUAUUAUAUUUAAAAUUGGGGAAUUUUGGCUGAUCUCGUCGUGUUCAUGAUUUUAUCCCCUUGACGUUUUUCAAGAUUCUUGCUAAAACCAAAGCAGCUACUCUGAUUAUUUAGAUUGGAGAUCAUUCAAAUUUCCGCAAUUGCAUUCAUCGAGAUCUAUUGGACAUUGUUAUUUUUGUAUCAUGCAUUUUAACCUGCCAGCAGGCAUCUAUAUGAGCUUUUUGUCAUACUAAUUUUACACUGCUUAUUUUUGCUAGUAUUCCCAAUUUAUUUUGUUAACGUUGUGGUUCUCCUGUAAAAUAAAUAUAAAACCAUCAUGAUAUUUUCUCAUAUACUUUAGAAAUAAUAGGUCAGAAAAGGGUAUGUCAGCCUUAAGAUUGUAAGUCAAUUUCUGUUAAUUGUGCAUUCAUCUAAAUCAGCAACACGUUAAAAAUUAUACCUUGUUGUACACAUCCAAAACUUUAUUCUUCUCACUAGAAACAUCAAUAAAAACUACGUUAUGUAUAUUAUUAUACAACUCUCAA